AUAAACAUCAAAGCAGCUGCCGCCGACAAGAUUCUUAAAAAAAAACCUGCAACAGGAGAAAGGUUUAUUUUUUUUUUAAAAAAGAACCUAAUGGCAGGAGACAAGAAGCCAGUGAAAGCCAUCAGGGCCAAUCGGCUGGCAACCAUGUUGCAAGGCCAGAAGGAGAAGAUGUUGGUCAUUGACUGUCGUCCUGUUGCAGACUACCACAUCCUGCACGUGCUAAACGCAGUUAAUAUCUGCGCCUCGAAGAUCACCAGAAAAUCUUUAGCUCGAGCCCUAUUGUCUCUUGCUACUCCUCAGAUAAAGGACCCAGAAGCAAAGGAGCUGGUGCUGUAUGACCAAGAAACAAAGGAAGCAAAGAGUCCUCCAGCCAGUGACAUCAUUGCCGUUCUCCUGCGAAAACUGGAGAAACAGUUCAACAAUGUAUAUUUUCUUAAAGGGGGCUUUGUGGAGUUUUCCUCUUGCUUUCCCAGCUUGUGUGAAGGGAAGUCAAGCAACUCCCUGCCCAGCAGCAUCUCACAGCCGUGUCUCUCCACCUGUGACAUGGGACCCACUCAGAUCCUCCCGUAUUUCUACUUGGGCUCUCAGAAUGAUGUUCUAAAUAAGGAAUUGAUGGUUCAAAAUGGGAUCACACACAUCUUGAAUGUGAGCAGUAACUGCCCAAAGCCCGCCUUCAUCCCUGACAGCCAUUUCCUACGGAUCCCAGUCAACGACAGCUACUGUGAGAGUCUCUUACCUUGGCUGAACAAGUCUGUGGAAUUUAUAGACAUGGUGCGGUCAAUGAAGUCUCGGGUUUUGGUUCAUUGCUUGGCUGGGAUCUCACGGUCUGCGGCGAUCGCCAUAGCUUAUGUCAUGAGGACAAUGGAUUUCUCUUUGGACGAUGCAUACAGGUUUGUGAAAGACCGAAGACCAUCAAUAUCUCCUAACUUCAACUUCCUGGGUCAGUUAGUGGAAUAUGAAAAGAGCAUCCAACAUAUCCAGGCUCCAGCCCACUCGAAGCAAAGCCUCCUUCACCCAAGGAACACCCCAGCAGAAGAAACCUCCCAGGCAGAGACUUGUGAAGAGUCCGAUGAAGACGUAGAAAUAUUUACCCCUCAAUUUUCCACCAAGAUCAUUCCAGGACAACAUCCAGACCUUUUGGAUAAAGGACCUGGCAAUGACGCAGGCAGUAUUCCCAAGAAUUUUGAGAAGGGCCCUCCAGAGAUGGCAGACUUACAGUACGAGCUCGCUGACCUCCGCCUCUCAGCUGAGCAAACGUCGCACACCAGCUGCUUGAAACGCUCUUUCUCACUGGACGUGAAGUCCGCCUACUCUUCCACCCCGUGCUUCAGCUGCUACCAGGCUGCACAGCCAGCGGAAACAGGCCCCAUCCCAAAGCUGCUGGGAUUCCAGAGCAAGUUAGUCACUGGCACCUUCAACCCAUUCACCCUUUUGUUCGGGAAUGCUAGGAAAAGCCGUGGAAAAGAUGGCACUGCGUCCAACGGAGCCACGCGGACCCUGAAGCCCCAGCAGAAAUGCAGCUGCCUCGAGACAGCUUCCCCAAUCAUUGGUAUUGACCAAGGACCAAUGGGUUCACCUUGCGUGGAUCCCAAGAAGGACAGUGUUCAGAAUAAUCCCACCACAAGGCUGACGCUGAGCUUGCCCAUUCCCAGGCAGUCGUCAUCGCCACUGCUCGAUUACAGAGCCUGCCUCAUAACGGUGCAUGGAAAGAGGACAGAAUUAUCUCUAUUUGAGCACCCUUACAGUGACCCUGCAGAUUUCAAGUCCAUCAAACCCAGUCACAUCACAAGGAACGUGGGCCUCUACACUGACAACGCAGUGAAAUCGUAA